CUUCCAAUGCCCCCCCUGGGGAAAAGGGGGUAUCCCCUAACACACCUUGCUCUCACCCUGCUGGGAGUGCUUACUCUGCUCCUGCUGGAUGGUGCCGGCGGCCUCAUCGCGGAUGACGAGGACUACUACAUGCAGGAGCUGCUCACACGGGAGCACUACUACCGCAUCCCGGAGGAGAACUUGACCCCCCCGGAGGAGCUGGAGCGGGACUGGGGCGCCCGCAUCCUCCAGAGUCCCAAAGCCGCCGAAAAAGAGCCGAAGGCCAAGCGGGAGAAUGGGAGGCACCCGGACAGAGCGGCUGCGGAUGCAACGCCAGGAAAGAACGGAAAUAAUAACAAAGUUCCAAAGAAUAAGAAGGGGGGUCUGAAAACUCCAAACAGUGCCAGUGAAGGGGAGAAGCACUACAAGCCUGUCAAAGAGAAAUGCCCCCCCAUGGGGUUGGAGACUCUGAAAAUUGAUGACUUCCAGCUCCAUGCCUCCACAAUGCGGCGCUACAGCUUGGGAGCGCACCGAGGGCGUCUGAAUAUCCAGGCCGGCAUCUAUGAGGACGAGUUUUACGAGGGCGCCUGGUGCGCUGGCAGGAAUGACCCGCUGCAGUGGUUCGAGGUGGAUGCCAGGCGGCUGACGAAGUUCACUGGGGUCAUCACGCAAGGCAGGAGCUCCCUCUGGUCGAGCGACUGGGUGACAUCGUACCGGGUGCUAGUGAGCAAUGACAGCCACACUUGGGUCACCAUGAAGAACGGCACACAGGACAUGAUCUUCAGAGGGAACGUCGAGAAGGAGAUCCCAGUUCUGAAUGAGUUCCCCGUUCCGGCGGUGGCGCGAUAUAUCCGUGUGAACCCACGCUCCUGGUUCAGCGGGGGGAGCGUGUGCAUGCGGGUGGAAAUUCUGGGAUGCCCCAUGCCAGACCCCAAUAAUUAUUACCACAGACGGAAUGAGAUUACCACCACAGAUAAUCUGGACUUCAGGCACCACGGUUACAAAGAGAUGAGGCAGCUGAUGAAGAUAGUCAACGAAAUGUGUCCGAACAUCACGAGGAUUUACAACAUUGGCAAGAGCCACAAUGGCCUGAAACUUUAUGCUUUUGAGAUAUCAGACAACCCAGGAGAGCAUGAAUUGGGUGAGCCAGAGUUCCGCUACACUGCUGGCUCUCAUGGCAAUGAGGUGUUGGGUCGGGAGCUGCUGCUGCUGCUCAUGCAGUUCAUGUGCCAGGAGUACCUUUCGGGCAACCCUCGUGUGCGGCGCCUUGUGGAGGAGACGCGGAUCCACCUGCUGCCCUCCAUCAAUCCCGACGGCUAUGAGGUCGCCUUCGAAGCGGGCUCUGAGCUGGGUGGGUGGUCCCUGGGACGCUGGAGUCAAGAUGGCCUGGACAUUCACCAUAACUUCCCUGACCUCAACUCCAUCCUUUGGGAGGCGGAGGCCAAGAAGCUGUCACCAAGGAAAGUCCUGAACCACCACGUGCCAAUUCCAGAGUGGUACCAGUCCAAAAAUGCCACGGUUGCCAUGGAGACGCGGGCGCUGAUAACCUGGAUGGAGAAGAUCCCCUUCGUGCUGGGGGGCAACUUGCAGGGAGGUGAGCUGGUGGUGACCUUCCCUUUCGACAAGACCCGCUCCGUGGACAAGACACGCGAGCCCACCCCAACACCAGAUGACCACGUGUUCCGCUGGCUGGCGUUCUCCUACGCCUCAACCCACCGGCUCAUGACGGACGCCAGCCGCCGCGUCUGCCACACGGUGGACUUCGCCAAGGAGGACGGCACGGCCAACGGGGCUUCCUGGCAUACAGCUGCAGGGAGUAUGAACGAUUUCAGCUACCUGCACACCAACUGCUUCGAGCUGUCCGUGUUUGUGGGCUGUGACAAAUUCCCCCACGAGAGCGAGCUGCCGCACGAGUGGGAGAACAACCGCGAGUCGCUGCUCGUCUUCAUGGAACAGGUGCAUCGUGGGAUUAAAGGCGUUGUGCGGGACAGCCAGGGUCGGGGCAUUGCCAACGCCGUCAUCUCUGUGGAGGGGAUCAACCAUGACAUCCGUACAGUGUCCGAUGGAGACUAUUGGCGUCUUCUGAACCCCGGCGAGUACAAGGUGACGGCCAAGGCAGAGGGCUACGUCCCCUCCAGCAAGGUGUGCGAGGUGGGCUAUGAAAUGGGCGCCACUCGCUGCGACUUUGUCAUCGCCCGAUCCAACCUGUCCCGCAUCAGGGAGAUCAUGGAGAAGUACCGUAAACAGCCCGUGAACCUGUCCGGGAGGCCAUCGCUGCGACAUCCCAGAAGGAACCACCGUGGGACAUAGGCACGCAGAAAGACAGGGCAAAGGCAGGUGGAAGAGACGGACUGGCAGUCAGGUGUGCUUUUGCCACACAAAGGUGCGUCUUUGCACCCGGGGACACCUGAACCACUCGUAGGCACCGUACACACUGGCGACACCCAUCAAAUGACAAGGACGGUCGUCCCAUUCAACUCACGGCCGGCGUUUCUUUAAAUAAAACUUCUUUUCGUUUUAAAUGGACUUCUGCAGGUUUUGAAGCAAAAGAUGCUUUUAAUGGAAACUACCAAAACUGUGAAAAGCAUUGAAAAGCAAGGAAAUUUGAAAAGGAGUAACACUUUAAAAUAGAUGGCAUUUCUACCAUAUUCUAAAAUUCCAAAAUAUUAUAUAUACUAAUGCAUACUUGUGUUAUAGCAGCAGGUACAUAAUCGCCCGUAUUUUGCAUCUUUCUCGACUAAACUAUUGUGUCAUCUUUUUGGAAUCAAAUUUGGUUCUCAUUCAUGUCGCUUCUUUUGACAUUUUCCUUAUUGAAACCGUAACUGGACUCACUGAUCUUACCCCAGUUUGGUAUUUGAUUCAAAGUGCACCUUAUUGUAGUUUACAUGCAAGAGUGUAAAUUUAAAAUGCUUCGUUCUAUUAUUUAAUUAUGCAGCGUUACCGCAUCAGAAAAGCACCACAAGAGCCCACACUGAGAAAUAUUUUGACAGACCAAAGCACUUUCGGCACACAGGCUAAUCCCAGUCUUGGGCUACAUUACAUCUUUAUAGUGACUCCUUUUUAAUCUAGAAUUAAUCUUAAUUUGAGCAUGUUUUCUUACUUAAAUAACAUGCAGUAUUUGUAACUCGUGAAGUCCCAACAAAGGAACAUUCCAGAUGAAAUAUUUUGUUUUAGCUUUAAUUUUGCGAUAAAACCACUGAGAUAUUUGGAAGAGAUUUUGUUCCCAGCUGCAUUCCGAUAAAGGACGAAGGUUUAUGAAUUGCCAACGUGCAGCAUUGAUUUGUCUUUUCAAUUAUAAUGCUACAAGUACCAAAAAAAAAAAAAUCUCAUCUUUUUUUUCUUAAGUAACUAAAUGCUUGGGAAUGUGCCUUAGUCAAGAUGAUGGUGUAAAACUUAACGUAACAGUUUAGAUAUUUCACCAUUUCUCUUGUCAACUUCACAUUCUCUUCGCGUUUUAGUCUCUUAUCUCUAAAUAUUAUGUCC